AUGCUGUAUGGUUCAACAAGCGGAUUUGGUUGGGAUCCUUUUCGAAAAUGUGUCAUUGUUGAUAAACCUAUUUGGGACUCCUAUUUACAGAGCCACAAGAAUGACGUUGUUUUCAAAGACAAAUCAUAUUGGUAUUUUGAUGAACUUGCCAUCAUUUUUGGAUUGGAUAGUGCCAAUGGUAAUGGCGUUGUGGAUUGUGCACGAGUAGAGGAGAACAUUGGACGUCAUGAGCAGGUGGGCCUUGAUCUAGAUGACAAUUUCUUUGACCACGUUUCAACAUCUGUUUCCCAACCCAUUCCUAAAAGAAGAUCGCCAAAUGGAUUAACACCUAGUCGGAAGAGAAAAACUUCCAAAGAUGCGGACUUGGUAGAGGUCCUUAGGGAGAACACAACAAUACUAGUGUCUGCCUUUGAGAAUGCAACAAAAGAUAUAUGUUCUGCAAUUAUCGGCAUUAAAGUUCGCAAGAAAAAAGAGAAUUGCUGA